GCUCCGGUUCGGAUUUCCAACACCUAAGCCCGACCUAUGUAAAAACGCUGUGUCGCAGGCAAGAUGGGGAGGUUUGGAGUGAUUCUAGGAGCUUUGCAUUACCUGGGGCUCUACGUUCAACUCUCCGCUUCUUCACAAGCUCUCUUCACUGAGGUCCCUCACGAUGUCACCGCCAGAGCCGGUCAGGACGUGGAGAUGGCCUGCGCUUUUAGGGGUAGUGGCUCCCCAUCGUACUCGCUGGAGAUUCAGUGGUGGUACAUCCGUAACUCAAAGGACUGGACUGACAAACAGACAUGGAAUUCCCAUCAGAUGAAAGCUGCAGCUCAUGAGGAACCCACAAAGGAGGCAACGAAAAUAAGUGCUGUAAAGGUGGUUGGAAGCAACAUCUCUCACAAGCUGCGGUUGUCCCACAUAAAGAUUUCAGAUGAAGGUACUUACGAAUGCAGAGUGACUGACCACAGUGAGGGAAAACCCAGGCAUCACAAAGUCAAAGCUUACCUGAAAGUCAAACAUGAGAUGCCGUUACAUGGAGUCUCCACUCACAUGCAGGACACCAAGGUUCAGGGAAACGAAGGGACUCACACGAGUCAUGUUGCUAAACCCUCAUCCCUUGCCACCAGCCCUCAAACAGUCCGGGCUAUAAAGGAACGAGCUUUGGAUACUGACUGCGAACAGAAUGAACAGUCUCUUGAUACUGAUCGUAUCCACUGUGUUUAG